CAGAUUUCUGGUUUGAAGGAGAUCCACCAAUCACAUCAACUCAAUCAGACUUCUUAUUCGUAAUUUUGCACGAAUUAAUUCAUGGUCUUGGAUUCACAUCAAGCUGGGACGACUAUUUAAACGACAUUCCAGAAGCACUCACGCCCGAUCUUGGAAGCAGUACAACGAGUAGCGGAAAAGAAUAUCAAUUUAUAGAAUACGCGUUCGAUCAGUACCUCGUAAUAAUUCCUCAGAACAAAAAUAUGACAAGUUACGCCUCUCAAGAAAAUCUUUAUUCAAUUGGAGUCGGCAGCAAAUAUUCAAACAUCGAUGAAUUUGCUCAGGGAUUUGUGGAUUCACAGCAAUAUAAUGUCGCAAAAAACUUGUUUACUUAUGCUGUCACGGCAAACGCUAUGGGAUUCUUGCCAUCGGGCACGAACAAUCUGAAAGAUGCCGUUAUACUUGAGACUAGUCUUAAACCGUAUCAACAAGGGUCAAGUAUAAGUCAUGUGUCUUACACAAAAUACACAAAUACUAGUGAUUUCUUGAUGCGGUUUUUACAGGAUCGUGGAGUAUCAUUGGAGGAUGCUAUACUUGCUGGUGGAAAUUAUUCAGGCGGUCCGAUUGGGCCAAACUUAAAAUUAGUUUUAGAAACUUUGGGAUACGCGACACAAGAUAAUCCAAAUCCCUAUCGCCCACUUCCCGCUAACUCAACAACUAAUACAUUAACCUCCACAUCCGAUGCUCCUAUGUCCAACUUAUUUUACUCCAGCAUGAGAAUGCAAUCGAGUUUGGUGGAACGACUUACCCUCACACGAGCGCAGAAUGACUGGUGA